ACGCAGAACCCUUUCUGCAAGACUCCUUCUACCGGAAUGCAGGAACGCGCUUCUGCGGGGAGGAGGGAUGACGCGGUCUGCGUGCGGUCAGCGUUUCUCAGCCAAGCCAUGUCCAAAAGCCUGAAGAAGAAGAGCCACUGGACCAACAAAGUCCACGAGAGUGUCCUGAGCAGGACCAGGGAGGGGGAGCUGAGGUUCGAGCUGAGGGGGGGCGCGGAGCUCGGCCAGUUCCCCGUCCUGGGAGGAGAGGGGACCGGCGGGACCCGGGGUGAGCUCCUGCUGGAGGUCAACGACACCCCUGUUGUCGGGCUCACCACCCGGGACGUCCAAGCCGUGGUCCGGCACUGCAAGGACCCCGUCCGGCUGAAGUGCGUGAAGCAAGGGGGCGUCAUCGACCAGGACCUGCGUCGCUACCUGAACCUGCGCUUCCAGAAGAACUCGGUGGACCACGAGCUGCAGCAGAUCAUCAGGGACAACCUCUACCUCCGCACUGUCCCCUGUACAACCCGGCAGCCGAGGGAGGGAGAGGUGCCCGGGGUGGACUACGACUUCAUCACCAUUGAGCGCUUUCUGGAGCUGGAGGAGAGCGGGGCGCUGUUAGAGAGCGGGACGUAUGAAGAUAACCAUUACGGCACCCCCAAGCCCCCCACGGAGCCCAGCUCGGUGCUGAAUGUGACGGAGCAGCUGCUGCCCGGCUCCACCCCCAGCUCCCAGGGCAAGAGGAGGCGCAACAAGUCUGUCAGUAACAUGGAGAAGGCGGGCAUGGAACCCCCCGAGGAGGAGGAGGAGGAGGAGAGGCCCGUCGUCAACGGCAACGGCAACGGCAUAUCAGUCACCCCAGAAUCCAGUGAACAUGAGGACCGGAGCACCGAUGCCUCCGGGGAGACCCCCCCUGGGCAGGGCGUCUUCUCCGCCACCCCCAACUCCAGUGGCCCCCUCCCCGCCGAGAUGAUGCCCCCAGAGCAGGAGGGACAGAUCCCCGACACAGAGACCGCCGCCGCCGUCGCCGCCGAGCUCCCCCCCAUCGACACCAUCCCCCUGCUGCCCCCCAAACCGGAGGACGACGAGGAGCUGGGACCCCUGCCCGACAACUGGGAGAUGGCGUACACGGAGAAGGGAGAGGUGUACUUCAUAGACCACAACACUAAGACGACCUCGUGGCUCGACCCUCGGCUGGCCAAGAAAGCCAAGCCGCCGGAGGAGUGCAAAGAGGACGAGCUUCCGUACGGCUGGGAGAAGAUUGAUGACCCCAUUUACGGCAGCUACUACGUGGACCACAUCAACAGGAGGACCCAGUUUGAGAACCCGGUCCUGGAGGCUAAGAGGAGGGUCCAGCAGCAGCAGCAGAUGCAGAGCCAGGGUCUCUCCUCCCUGCCCCUCCCCUCAAUCUACCGAGAGAAGCCCCUGUUCACCAGAGACCCCACCCAGCUGAAGGGCAGCUUCCUGUCCACGGCGCUCCAGAAGAGCAGCAUGGGCUUUGGCUUCACCAUCAUCGGGGGCGACGAGCCCGACGAGUUCCUGCAGGUGAAGAGUGUCAUCCCGGACGGCCCCGCCGCCGCCGACAGCAAGAUGGCCACCGGCGACGUCAUCGUGUACAUCAACGACGUGUGCGUGCUGGGCACCACGCACGCCGACGUGGUCAAGCUGUUCCAGUCGGUGCCCAUCGGCCAGAGCGUGACGCUGGUGCUCUGCCGGGGCUACCCGCUGCCCUACGACCCCGAGGACCCGGCCGCCGCCGCCGCCGCUGCCGCCGCCGCGCUCAUCUCCCCGCUGGGCAUCAUGGACCAGCGCCCCCUCAUGGUCAACGGCCGCUCCGGCUACGACAACUACCUGGACUACCUGUCGCGCACCACCCAGCGCUUCAUGGCCGACAACAACGGCGCCGGCCCCCCGCCCGACGCGCUGGGGGGCGGGGCCGGCGGGCCCCCGCUCCACCACCUGCUGGGGACGGGGGCGGGGCAACACCCGGGCGACACCCACCUGGACGGCUCGCUGCCGCCCACGGCCGGGACCACGCCCCCAGACAGCGUGUCGGUGGCGUCGUCGGGGGCGACGGCGCCGGGCGAGCUGCUGACGCUCACCAUGGUGAAGGGGGCGGAGGGCUUCGGGUUCACCAUCGCCGACGGGGCCUCGGGCCAGCGGGUGAAGCAGGUGCUGGAGCCCGGGGGCUGCCCGGGGCUGGCCGAGGGCGACCUGCUGGUGGAGAUCAACCAGCGCGCCGUGCAGGGCUUCGGCCACUCCCAGGUGGUGGAGCUGCUGAAGGAGUGCCCCGUGGGGGCGGAGACGGUGCUGGUGGUGCAAAGGGGCGGAGCAGGCCACUGCUCUCCCUGGAAGACGACGAAGCAGAUGCUGGACCAGUGGGAGCUGCAGCAGGGCCAGGCCAGCCCGGCUCUGACCCCCCCCUUCCCCCCCUACCUCCACCAGAGCCUCCACCUCCAGAGCCUCCAGGCCCAGCUCAGAGCCCCGCACCGGGCCCCCGAGGGCCCCGCGCCCGCCCAGACCGAGCCCUAUGACAUUUAUGAGUCGCCCAGGGCGCUCUAUGACAGUAGGCAGCCCAGACCGCCUCGGACCAGCUUCACUCUAGACUCCUCAGUGGAUUACCAGGACAUGGAGGUGCUGCUCCGCAGGGAGGCGUCAGGCUUUGGGUUCCGGGUGCUGGGAGGGGAUGAGGCGGGCCAGCCCAUCCUGAUCGGCGCCAUCAUCGAGAGCAGCCCGGCGGACCGGGACGGGCGGCUGCGGCCGGGCGACGAGCUCCUUCUGGUGGACGGCAUCCCCGUGGUGGGCAAGCCCCACCGCUACGUCAUCGACCUGAUGCACGCCGCCGCGCGCAACGGCCAGGUCAGCCUGGUGGUGCGGCGCCGGCUGCAGGGAAACUCCGGCGAGUCCGGUCCCGACAGCGCGGGCCGCAGCCCCACCUCGGCCUCCACGCUGCACAGCUCCCCGCCCAGCGGCCCCGGGGACUUCAGCUUCACCAACAACCUCGGUGCCGCCCCCGCUCCCGCGGCCCCGGGGCCCGGCUCCGGCCCCUCGGAGGAGGCCGGGCUGGCCAACACGCUGCCCAGUGACGUGGUCAUCAACCGCAAGGAGAGCGAGGGCUUCGGCUUUGUGAUCAUCAGCUCGCUGAACCGCCCCGAGGCGCCCGCCGCCGUCAGUGAGUUCCUCCUCCUCUUCCUCAACCCAGACGCUUCAAAACCCUCCAGACUCCUCCAAAAUCUCCAGAGCUUUCAGAACCUUUAGAACCUUCAGACCUCUUAGGAACCCGUAAGAACCCAUCAGAACCCUUCAGAACCCUUCAGAACCCGUCAGACCCCUUCAGAGCCUUCGGACCCCUUCAGAGCCAUCUGAACCUUUAGAACCCGUAGGAACACUCCAGACCCCUUCAGAACCUUGAGACC